AUGGUGGAGGACGGCGUCCUAGCUACCGUGGCAGCCUCGCUAUCGGAGAAGUCGCCAGCCGUGGCCUGGAGCGCAAGUGUCAAGGCGGAGACGCUGUCGAGGACCCUGGGAGCCAUGGUCAAGCUCGACCAGUCCUGGAACGACUGGACAUUCUUCCUCGCGGACGUUGAGCGAGCAGCGGUCUUGGAGCGCAUCAUCCAGCUCAUCCUAUCCGAUUCGUCCGGCGACUCGAAACCCAGCGACAUCAAAGACCCGGUGGAGGAAGCCCUCCUGAGGAUCUACUCGCCCGACCGUUUUCCGAUUCGCCGCCUCCGCACUCUGUCUCAGCUGCUGACCAUGGCCAUCGGCAACCGGGACGAGUUCCAAAGCCUCCGUGAACAAACCGAAGCAGCUCUGCAACUGUGCCGGGACCAGACCUUUGGCGAGGACGGCGGUCUGGCCUCUUACGUCCCUGACCUGGAGGCUGGUCUUUCGUCUACUCUGGCCCUGGUCGCAUCGGAGACCGAAUGGCGGGCGGCCGACUUUGAAAAGUCAAUCAGCGUCUGGCGCGCCCUCGUCAACGACUGCCAAACCAAGGACGAGCUCCUGACCAAGAUAAAUGACGCAGAGGGGCUUCUCAGGCAGCUCAACGCGGUCGCCGAGUAUGCGAAGCUCCGGGGCGAGGAUGAGUUCCUGCUCUCUGUCUUGACACUAUCGGCCGAUGUCUCGUCCAAGCUGUCCGACUCGUCAACAGACUUGCUCGUCCAGGCGCACAGCAACCUUGCAGACCAGUACACUCACCUCGGCUACUCCGAGAAGGCUGAGGAAAUCCUCAACAAGGCCAAGCAGUUUGUCGAGUCCACGGGUAGCAGCCCCGAUCUCGCUGCGGUCAACCUCCACAUCUCCUUCACAGAGUACCAGCUGGCGAACCAGAACUCUGAUGCUGCUCACAAGAUGCUCCUGCAAGGCGAGGUCGCCUUCGAAAAGGCUUCUUCUGCUAUUCGAAAAGCGCCAAAGCUCCAGAGGAAGCUCCUUCUGGCAAGGGCCGCGUGCCUGUCUUCUCGCAUCAAGUGGGACAAGGGCGAAUACCAGCAUGCGUUGUUCCACGCAAAGACCAGCGUUCGCAUCUUGUACCAGGACUGGACCAAGCUGGAGGCUCGCUGGCAGAAGGCGCCAAGGAAAGAGUACAAGCAGACCUCCAGGCAAGGCUCGCCUGACGCCGAGGAAAGCAUCAUCAAGACGGAGCCCUCCACGGAUCGGAUUGAGCUGUCCGACGGCCCCGACAACUGGGCUCUUGCUUGCGGCCUGCUGAGGGCCGUCUUGCAUCUGUCCUCUGUGUACGCCCAUUUGGGAAUGUUCCAGGAGACGGUGUAUUACGCAGAAAAAGCACACCAGAUCGCAAACUCGACGAACGCCUCAAUCCACAGGGCUCAAGCGGCUAGCUGGAUUGGUUCGGUAUGGAUCAAGGCCUGCAAGCUCGACAAAAGCAUUGGCUACCUGAACGAGGCAAGACAACUCAUGGCCACGGCCGUCAAGCCCACACGCCAAGCGUUCCAGCUGGCCUGCGAGCUCAGUGCCUCGUUCGGGGAGAUGAAGGACCACGAAAACGAGCAUCUGCUACUCGAGCUCGCCGAGGUCACGCUCGGCACAUUAAACAACAGCAACCGCGGCGCCAUCACCGGGGUCAGCGAUGAGCAGGUCGUCACUAAGAUGGCGAAGCUCACGCUCAAGGCCCCGGCAGCAACCAGAAGAACUAGAGCCACCAAGGCAGCGACUCCGGCAGCGACCAGAACGACAAGAAGGGCUGCGGCCCCGAAGACCAAAACCGCCGCGCCAUCCAAGGCUGUGGUCGUCGCCUCGAACGACAAGACAUCCGACCUGAGGGCCUCGAUGCUGAUGUACAAGGCCCUCGUCCACCUUAGCAAGGGGGACUGGGCAGCCGCGGCAUCGCUCCUCGAGGAGGCGAAGCAGAUGUCCAGCAGCUUGCGGGAGUCUCUGCGAGUGCAGAUUGGCGAAGCGAUCUGCCUCAUCGAGCAGGGCACCAAGCAGAUGGAGGGCGACUCUGUCUUCUCCGUGGUGAAGGAGUCAACAAUCUCCUACCCCUCAGUCCACGCGGUGCCCGACAAGAACAACACGGAAAAGACGUCGCCGACGGGCCACUCGCCUCGCAAGGCCCAGGGUCGCGCCGCCUCCGCCGAGCGAAAGGCGUCAAAGGACAACGCCACCUUUGUCGAGACGUUGGAACAAGCGCAGACCCAGCUGAUGGAAGCCCAGGCCGCCGCCGCUGUUUCAGGAAACGGGCACCUGGUUCAUCGCAUCUCGGCGCUGCUCCAGAGCACCGGCAUAUUCUUAUCAGCGGCCUCCCAGCGUGUGCCUAAAAACAUGGGAAGCUUUGGAUACGCCACCUGCUCCGUCGAGUUCGCGCGGAACCUGACGUGGAAGCGGGAGCGCAACACCGUCCUGACGGAACAGCUCAACCCCAGCUUCAGCGAGAUGGGGUGGCCGCUGGCUCUAUCGGUCAAGGAUGACAGGCGCGCGAGCAUCAUCACCGUCGACGACAUGACGAGGUUCCAGCGUGACUACGUCGACAUCAUCCCCGGGUCGUGGAGCGUCUUGUCGAUCUCGCUCAGCGACAAUCGCAAGGAUCUCUGCAUCACCAAGUUGCGGGCGGGCCAGACCCCCUUUGUUCUGCGGCUGCCGCUCGAGCGCGUGGCCUCUCGGGACGGCGAGGACGAGCUGUUCGACUUCCAGCACGGAUACGCCGAGCUCAUGGACAUCAUCAAGGCAACCAACGCAAGCUGUCACAAUGCGGGCGACUACACGGCCAAGGGGGCAAAGUCGGCCUGGUGGGCCCAGCGCGAGAACCUGGACAACAGGUUCAAGGACCUCCUCGACAACGUUGAGCAAAUCUGGCUGGGCGGGUUCAAGGGCAUUUUCUCCCAACACCGCCACCGCGCCGACCUCCUCACCAAGUUUCAAAAAGCCUUUUCUAAGAUCCUCGACAAGCAUCUCCCAUCGCGCAGGCAAGUCCGAGGGAAGAAGACGAGCAAGACCCCCAAGAUUGCCCUGGAGCCGCGGAUCCUCGACCUGUUUGUUGGUCUCGGCGACCCGUCGGUGCCGGACAGCGAUCUCGAGGAGCCCCUGAACGACCUGCUGUACUUUGUCGUGGACAUUUUGCAAUUUCACGGCGAGAGGAACGCAUACGACGAGAUCGACUUCGACUCGAUGGUCUUGGACACCUUUGAUGCCCUUCAAGCAUACCACACCGCGGCCAAGACCUCGGACCCUGAGGACGGCGCCCACAGCAUCCUGAUUCUCGACAAGGCCCUCCACGCCUUUCCCUGGGAAUCGCUUCCGUGCAUGGAGGGGCUAGCCUACUCCCGCGUGCCCUCGCUGUCCUGCCUCCGCAGACUGCUCCUCGAGCAACGGGCCGCUCGGGGCCAGGACGAGGACGCCGAGGACCGCCGACAGACGGUGUCUCCCCUCGGCGGCACGUACAUCCUCAACCCCGGUUCGGACCUCAAGAACACGCUCGCCACUUUUGAGAAGCCCCUGAAGGCCCUCGGCGACUCCUGGACAGGCAUCGUGUCACGCAACCCGACCGAGGACGAGUUCGAGGGGGCGCUCAAGGGCUCGGACAUUGUCCUUUACUUUGGCCACGGCAGCGGCGCGCAGUACAUUCGCGGCAAGACCAUCAGGCGGCUCGAGAAGUGCAAGGCGGCGGCGCUCCUCAUGGGGUGCAGCUCGGCGUCGCUCCAGAACGUCGGCGAAUACGAGUGCCACGGCCCGGUGUGGAACUACAUGCUGGCGGGGUGUCCCGCCGUCGUGGGGACGCUGUGGGACGUGACGGACAAGGACAUUGACCGGUACGCCGGCCGCUUGUUCGAGGAGUGGGGGCUCCUGGAUAGGGGCACCUUUGCGGACGAUGGCGGAAAGCAGGGCAAGGCGGCCAAGGGCAAGGGCAAGGGCCUGUUUGCUGCGGAGAAGAAGGGAAAGGGAGGCGGGAAGAAGACGACGGCGACGAACCCCACCGAGGGCGAGGGUCCCAGAGGGGGCGCCUCGCUCGUGGAAGCCGUCGCCAGGGCUAGGGACGCCUGCCGAUUCAGGUACAUCACGGCGGGCGCGGUGUGCGUGUACGGCAUCCCUGUGUAUGUUGGCAAGGCCAAGGUCAGCGGCGCGUGA